AUAGUGCACGCUACGAUCGCAAGUUCUGAUCGUACUCCCAAAACACUCCAAGCAAACAGGAAAAUGCCAGUGAAAAAUGGUGAUUCCGAUGGAGAAGGGGACGUCUCUGGGGCGGAGUCGGAGCGCUCCAACUCCAGCCAGGGCCGUGACUCCUCCGACGAAGAGGAGAACAACGAAAUCGACUCCGAUGACUCCUCCGAGAUGGAUUCCAGUGAUAUUGAGCGCAUCCGAGCCGAACACAUUGAGGAUAUGCUGAGUCUAGAGCGGCAGUUCAAUACGCUUCGUGAGCAAUAUUACUUUGAACGCAUCACCUGGAUCGAAAGCCAACUAGCUGAGGUCCGUUCCGGCCGUUCCGAGGAGUUUGUGCAUCCCCAGAGAGACCUCGACAAGGUCUACCGAACACGCAUCGAGGUUGCCGAUGUGCUUCGAAGAUUUCGUCUGCAGAAUAUCGAACACAAGUUCCUGUCCGAGGAGCAGGCAUGCGUCCAGCACUUGGAGAGCGAGAAGCACAUGGCGGGAGACAACCUGCGAGAAGAACUUCUUGAGCGGAUACGCCGCCUGGAAGAGGAUCGUCAUAAUGUGGACAUCUCCUGGGCCGACUGGGGCACGGACAAGCGACAGAGCAAGGUGCGGGGGCCAGGGCGCAAGAAGGCCGUCACAGUCACAGGUCCCUAUGUGGUCUAUAUGCUGCGCGAGGAGGACAUCAUGGAGGACUGGACGAUCAUCAGGAAAGCGCUCAAGCGCACCUCUACCACCACUUCAUCGGGUCCGGUAGCACCCACGUCGGGGACAAGUGUACUAGGGGGUGGUGGACCCACUGUGGGCAUGGGUCUCUCUGCUCUCAGUGGCGGUGUCCCGGCAAUGGCCGGUGCCAGUGGAUAGCGGUGGGGGACUGCUGCUUGCGCCCCCAUGCGUACCUGACGGUGGCAGAGGCAGCAGCAGCUGCAACGGCAGAAGCAACAACAGAGCUUCUCCCUAUCGACUCCACCAUCAACGCCGCCCCUCUCCUCGACCCGCUAUCCCGCCUUCUCCCACUGCGGUGAUCCAUGACGGGAGACGCUAGACUGGAGUCGUGUCGUUCCACGUGCUAAGUCCCCAGUCACAGCACGUGCCCCCCACAUCAUCUCCUAACUAGCUAGAUGUAGUUUAAGGCACAGUUCGCACUCUCAAUGUAAAUUUCCACUGCAACAAGCCGAUCCCUUGAUGUAAUUUAUGCUAAACGUUUAAGCAAAUAAAUUAUCUGCAGUUAUUGUGUGUAUGGUACUGCAGAUUUUCUAUAA